GGGGAAGAAACCUUGCUGAGGCUUUGUCAGCUGCUGCUUUUUCCCUGACACCCCUUGAAGAGCACCUCUACGGUGAUGGGGAGGCAAAAGGACGUUCUUGCUACUAUUGAGGAGCACCUGAGGAUCAGAAACAAAUUAGUCCGGCAAGCGCUGGCUGAGUGCCUGGGGACGCUGAUCCUGGUGCUGUUUGGCUGUGGCUCCGUUGCGCAGAUCGUGCUCAGCAGAGGGACUCAUGGAGGUUUCCUGACUGUUAACCUGGCCUUUGGCUUCGCUGUCAUGCUCGGCAUUUUGAUCUCGGGACAGGUAUCAGGUGGACAUCUGAACCCAGCUGUCACUUUUGCCAUGUGCUUCUUGGCCCGGGAGCCCUGGAUCAAGCUGCCAAUUUAUGCCCUGGCCCAAACACUGGGGGCUUUCCUGGGAGCUGGCAUAGUUUUUGGGCUGUACUAUGAUGCUAUCUGGGCUUUUGGCAGCAACCAGCUGUAUGUAACAGGACAAAAUGGAACUGCUGGUAUCUUUGCCACCUACCCAUCUCAGCAUCUGAACAUUGUGAAUGGAUUCUUUGACCAGUUCAUUGGCACUGCCUCCCUGAUUGUUUGUGUCUUGGCUAUUGUUGAUCCCUACAACAACCCUGUCCCCACGGGGCUAGAGGCUUUCACAGUUGGUUUUGUUGUCCUUGUUAUUGGAACCUCCAUGGGCUUCAACUCUGGCUACGCUGUCAACCCUGCCAGGGACUUUGGGCCUCGUCUCUUCACAGCCAUCGCUGGCUACGGCACUGAAGUAUUCUGGACUGGUAAACAGUGGUGGUGGGUUCCAGUCGUUGCUCCAUUCCUUGGGGCCAUUGCAGGAGUGAUGGUCUAUCAGCUGAUGAUUGGAUGUCACGAUGAGCCUUCUCCACCUGCCUCUGAGCAGGAAACAGUCAAGCUGGCCAACGUGAAGCACAAGGAAAGGGUGUGAGGAAGCCCAGAUCUGGCAGACAUUCAUUACUCAGGACUGCAGCUGGCAAAGAGGAGGAAGGAGUUAAGAAGAGCUUCAAGAACAACAGGAAGAUGUUUUUUUCCUGUCUUGAGAUAUUCUAGCUUUU